AGUUUCAAGUUGACAACGCAACGAGCAGUUGAAUUAAAAUGUUCGGGCUUCGAACUGCACCCAAGUGGAACGCGUUCCUUUUGCUGGCACUUUUUUGCCAGGCAGUCGUGACCUUGGCUGAUUUCUCCAGAGUCGAGCACAAGCGAGUGAAGCGUAUUGUGGGGGGCAAGCAGUCGAAGGCACCACCUGUCGAUGAUCCCGUAGUCUUUGCCCAUCUCUACAAUCGUGAUGCACGCGUGGAGGGCUAUCGGAACACACAGACGGGCAUUUAUACAUUCCUGGGCUUGCACUAUGCGGAGCCGCCAACGGGUGAGAACCGUUAUGCACGACCUAUUUACAAGCGCCUAGCCGGCGAUAUCAAUGCCACACGCCAUGGAGCACCCUGCAUUCAACCGCAUCCCCAACAGCCGGGGCGCAUUGUGGGUGAUGAGAACUGCUUGCUGCUAAAUAUCUAUACACCCCAAAUGCCGGAUGAGACGUCCGGCUUACCCGUCUAUGUUUGGAUACAUCCGGGUGGCUUUCGUUACGGCUCGGCGGCUCAAUACGAUGCAACGCCAAUGGCGCAACAGGGCGUGAUUGUGGUUGCACCACAAUACCGCCUAGGCUCGCUGGGCAUCAUGGGUGACGGCACCAAGGAGUUCGAUGGCAAUCUGGCCAUGUUCGAUCUGGCAACGGCUCUUCGUUGGGUUACCGAAUAUAUCUCGAACUUUGGUGGUGAUCCCAAGCAGGUGCAGGCCAUAGGUCAUGGGUCAGGUGCAGCCUCCGCUAUGUACUUGUCCAUGUCGAAGGGAGCGCGUAGUGCUGGCGAAGUAUCUGGAGUGGUGGCCAUGUCUGGCACAGCCUUAUCGCAAUAUGCAACCGACAAGGAGCCGGUGCAAAGUGUGGAGGAAGUGGCCAAAAUCAAUGGCUGUCCCACGGGCAAUGAGUUGGAAAUCGUAAAGUGUUUGCGUCAGAAAUCCGCCGAAGAUAUUAUCAAAAACGACGAUAAAGUGCAAACGGAGCGAUUGGCGGGUCGUGCUUUGGUCAAAGGUCUCACCGGAAGUGUCGGCUUCCAGCCGCAUACGGAAAGCGAAGACGAUGGUCGUGCCUUGCCGGGUCUCCUCAUAGGCGAGCCGGAACAGCAGUUACGCAGUGGAAAUUUCACACCCGUUCCCUUGCUCACGGGUGUGACGAAACAUGAGACUGCCAAUUCAGUCACUGUUGACACUAUUAAUAAGGUUUUCGGUUCGGCGGAACAAUUUCUGGGUUCGCUACGUGGUGCUCUUGAUCAGCUCACGGGUUUUUUGCGUAUCGAUAGUGUAACUGGGGAUAUAGCCAAGCCUGUGUUGCCGGGACUUACGAGCGCACUUACGCCCACACUUACGGAUUUAUGGAAAGUACCGGAGGCACUUAACAUUGAUCAAGUUCUCUCUAAGGUUGUGGAGUCCACCACUGACGUGCUCUUCAAUUUGCCAGCCGUACUAACGACCCAAGUAUGGUCGCAGCUAGCUCCUGCCUAUAUGUAUAGCUUCGAAUAUAAUGGCACAAAAUCCAAGGGCAUCAACUUUUUACGCGGCCUUCCCAUUGUCUCGAGUAAUUCGCAGCCCAAUCCAGAUAUCGUGGCACACGGUGAUGAACUGGGCUACAUGUUCGAUGCUAAUGAUAUCUUUGGAGAGCCGCUGCUGGAAACACGCCUAACCGCAGAGGCAGACCUUCAGGUGCGCAAAAAUCUCAUUGAUAUGCUGGUGCAGUUUGCUAAGAAGCCGCAGAAGGAUCAGGGCGGCAGCAGCGGAUUGUUCCAGAGCAUAACGGGCAAAGGCACACCUUUCAUUAAGGUGCACAGUAAGCUGGAGACGGCCAAUGAUUUUCGCUUCUGCGAGCUGUCCGUGCUGGGUGCUUCACUCUCGCCUCUAACCUCCACAACAUGCACGGCUCUAGGCGGCCUGCUUGGUGGUGUGGGUCAGACAUUAGGCGGAGUGGGUCAGUCACUAGGAGGGGUGGGUGAAUCACUGGGAGGGGCGGGCCAGUCACUAGGAGGGGUGGGUCAGAAAUUAGGGCUGGGUGGUCGUGGUGGUGGUGGAGGUGGCGGAGGUUUACUUGGCGGUGGUUCGUGGGAAUUCAUACACUCAAAGCCGUGGCGAGCUGCUGGAAUACUUAAUCAGAAAACUUUUUUCGCAAACUGGUGGACUGCUAUGGAAAAUAAUGUUUAAAAAAAUCAAAUUGAAAAUAAUAUGUUUCUUGUAAAAAGCUAUAUAGCAGAAAUAUAA